GUCUUUAUAAAAGCAACCCCAACCUGCUAUUCUCUUUCUGUUCCCAGAGGAAUGGUACUGGUCUGAGGAAAACAAAGAGAAGCUCUAACCUUUUCUCCGAUGAAGGUUCAGCCAAUCGACAUCUAUUUACUGCCACAGAAUGACACUGCUACGGUUCGAGUCGAACCAGUCAAGCCAGUUCUUAAAUCGCGUCUCAAGAGGUUCUUCGAUCGGCCGUUUCCUAAUGUUUUGAGAAUUGCGGCCGCGGAGAAACAGUGUAUUGAUGAAACUCAGUUUAAUAACAAAGAUGGAGAGAUUGAGUUCGAGCCGAGUUCGGUAUGUUUGGCUAAAAUGGUUCAAAAUUUCAUCGAAGAUAGCCAUAAUGACAAGCAACCGCUACCGCAGCUGCCUCCAGCUAAAUGCAGCCGUAACCGCUGUAAUUGCUUUAAUGGAAACAACAAUGAUAGCUCCGAUGAUGAGUUUGAUGUGUUUGGUGAGUCGAUUAUCAGCGGAUCACCGUCUGCCGAGGCUUGCGAAACACUGAAGAGUCUAGUACCAUGCGCCAGCAUUGUAGAGAGAAACCUCUUAGCAGACACUGCGAAGAUCGUUGAAAAGAACAAAAAUUGCAAACGAAAAGACGAUUUGAGAAAGAUCGUGACCGACGGCUUAGUUUCUCUUGGCUAUAACUCUUCAAUUUGCAAAUCAAAAUGGGACAAAUCGCCAUCUUUCCCUGCCGGUAACCUUCUUUUUCUAGAUUCUUCCAAAAUUGAUAAUGUAAUAUUUUUUAUGAAAUUGAAUUUUUUUUUUAAUUUUAUUAUUUUAGGUGAUUAUGAGUAUAUAGAUGUGAUUGUGGAGCGGGAGAGAAUGUUGAUCGACGUUGAUUUUAGAUCGGAGUUUGAGAUUGCGCGAUCGACUGGGGUGUACAAAGCGAUCGUGCAAUCGCUGCCGUUCAUCUUCGUCGGUAAACCGGACCGUCUCGACCGAAUUGUUUCGAUCGUAUCGGAAGCAGCUAAGCAAAGCUUGAAAAAGAAAGGCAUGCACCUUCCUCCUUGGAGAAAAACCGAGUACAUGCGAGCCAAAUGGCUUUCUCAAUUCACCAGAGCCUCUUCUCAAUCCGACGACGUUUCAACUAAAACUGAUAGCAAGGAAACAAAUGAUUGCGUUGGUUGCGGAGAGCUGGAUUUGAUUUUCGGCGAGGAAAAAACUGUCUCGUCGGAAGAAAAUUCCGGCGUUAAAGACUUGUCGGAGACUCCGAUUACCACGUGGCAACCGCCGGCAGUCAAACCGAAGAGUAUAGAGAGAGGAACGAAGAUUGUCACCGGAUUGGCUUCUCUGCUCAAAGAGAAACCAUAAAAUUUUUGGAAUUUUUUGAAUCUUUUUUUCUUUUACAAUUUUCACCGGAUAUAAAAAAAUAUGGAUAAUACAAAAAAAUCGUAUGAUCCUCGUUUUACCCUUUCCCUUGUUUUUUAGUUCAUAAGGGUUAAUUUUCUUGCUUUGUAAGAGGCGGCAAAUUUAUUACCGCUGUAAUAAAAGAGUUAAAUAGUUAUAUAAAAAAAUAAAAAUUUCCAAA